AUGGAACUUACAAUGGAAAACAUUGGAAAUCUGCACGGCGUAUCUCACUCUCAUCAAACGGGAGACUUAAUGAACUCUCCGCACCACGCACGGCAGUCCUUGGCGUCGCAUCGGAACUUGGUGUCACACGGACGUUCAGCCAUGGUGUCCAGUAUGGCCUCAAUAUUAGAUGGAUCUGGGGAGUAUCGCACAGACCAUGCAUUGUCCGGUCCCUUGCACCCCGCAAUGACCAUGUCCUGCGACUCCGGGAUGACCAUGAGUAGCACUUACACUACGCUGACGCCGCUGCAGCACCUGCCCCCCAUAUCCACCGUCUCGGAUAAAUUUCACCACCAUCCCCACCCGCACGCCCACCACCACCCGGCGCACCAGCGACUCGCCGCCGGCAACGUCAGUGGCAGCUUCACCCUGAUGCGGGACGACAGGAGCCUUGCCUCGAUGGGCAAUCUCUAUGGCCACUACCCUAAAGACAUGUCCGGCAUGUGCCAGUCGCUGUCCCCUCUUUCCAACGGCCUCGGGCCUUUGCACAACUCUCAGCAGACUCUUUGCGCUUAUGGUCCUGGCGCCCACCUCUCCAACGACAAAAUGCUCUCGUCCGGAGGCUUCGAGUCUCACGCAGCGAUGCUGUCCCGGAGCGAGGACCACCUUAGCCGGGGAUUGGGGGGGCACGGGGCCGGGAUCAUGUCAUCACUGAACGUUAUGCCCCAUCAUAGCCAUCCGCACUCUCAGGCUAACGGGUCCAUGCUCUCUGAUCGGGAGAGGCAGACGGCGGGGGGCGGGCAGGGAGGUGGUUCGGGGCAGGUGGAAGAAAUAAACACCAAGGAGGUGGCACAGCGAAUAACAGCGGAGCUCAAGCGCUACAGCAUUCCCCAGGCCAUCUUCGCACAGCGGAUCUUGUGUCGGUCCCAGGGAACCCUGUCUGACCUGCUGAGGAACCCUAAACCCUGGACUAAACUCAAGUCUGGCCGGGAAACCUUCCGGAGGAUGUGGAAGUGGCUGCAGGAACCCGAGUUCCAGAGAAUGUCGGCGCUCAGACUAGCAGCCUGCAAGCGCAAGGAGCAGGAGCAUCACAAAGACCGCAACAUGGUGCCCAAAAAGCAGCGGCUGGUCUUCACGGACCUGCAGCGCCGCACACUCAUCGCCAUCUUCAAGGAGAACAAGCGCCCGUCCAAGGAGAUGCAGAUCACCAUCUCCCAGCAGCUGGGCCUGGAGCUCAACACUGUCAGCAACUUCUUCAUGAAUGCCCGGCGCCGCUGCGUGGACCGCUGGCACGACGAGCACAGCACCAGCCCCGGCCAGCCGGGCACCUCGGCCACCACUUUCUCCAAGGCCUGA